UCACAUUACUUUGUUGUCAGAGCCAGUUCUUCAUCUUCCUUCGUCAUCAGUUGAGGAGAAAGUGUGGUUGUGUGAUGUUAUUAGGAUUUAGGGGAGUUUGGGUUGUGUGAUAUUCAGAAUCAGAUGCGAGCAGGAGAGCCUGGUUGGGGAGACAGAGUGAAGAUCAUCAUCUUUUAUUCUUGAGCUGAUUUGAGGCCCUGGCUUGACAAUGGCCAGUCAGUUCCGUAGCUAUAUUUGGGAUCCAGUGCUCAUCAUCUCCCAGAUCAUCCUGAUGCAGUGCAUCUACUACAGCUUCCUAGGCCUGUGGUUAGCCGGUGUGGAUGGUCUUGUGCACACCAACAGAUCUCUUGAUCAGAUAUUCAGUUAUGAAGUCCUUGGAUUUUCAACGACACAUGGCCGGCUCUCAAUGAUGGCAUUCAUUCUGAACUCUCUCACAUGUGCUCUGGGCUUGUGGUUAUUCAUCCGACGAGGGAAGCAGUGUUUGGACUUCACGGUCACAGUGCAUUUCUUCCACAUGAUCAGCUGCUGGAUCUAUAACGCCCACCUGCCGGCUGCUCUGUCAUGGUGGCUGGUUAAUGUGGCCUGCAUUGCCUUAAUGGCAGUCAUUGGCGAGUACUUGUGCAUGCGGACAGAGCUAAGGGCCAUUCCAGUGAAUAGUGGUCCCAAAUCCAACCUGUGAGAUCUCUCUAAUGGACAGACGGUGCAUUUAGAGCAGUCUUGGGCUGUGAAUAAGCUGGUAGACAUGAUUUAAUCACUUGGCAUGUUGAGCUGUGUUGCAGUGUUAACUUUUGCUAUCACUGGCAAAGGUCGAUGUAAAUAGGAUCAAAGUAUUGAAAAUGGACACUUCCAUUGAGAUAUUGUAAAUUUGUCUGUUGUUCUCUCAAUCUCAUCUCAUUAUCUCUAGCCGCUUUAUCCUGUUCUACAGGGUCACAGGCAAGCUGGA